AUAAUCUUUACGUAGGCCAAAAAAACAACGGGCACCUGUCGCUAAUAAACAAUAUGGCGUCAAUCUGAAAGAAAUGGUUACGAUUUAGGACCUACCAGCUUAAGUGAACAGAAUGACAAGCCCCAACCCUGAGGUGAUGUACCUCCAUGAGGUCAUCAAUGGCAUGCACACAGAGCUGGAGAGAUCAAGAGUUGAGGCCCAGAGAUCUAAUGCACAGCUAGAAUGUCUCAUGACGCUAGUUAGAAGAGCUUGGGCUGGUGAUCAAGAAGCUGCUUCCCAUGUUGGUACAAUUAUUGGUGCUGCUCCUCCAGAUAUAGAAAUAGAGAAGACAGAAGAGGGAAAUGUAGUGACAUCAAAACCCAAGUCAAGAGCUGUAAACAACUGGGCAAGGUUAUGCAUUGGCCUGCUGAACAGGGAGUACAAACAACUCGAAAUAGAGAUGAACGGACUGCAACAUGUCUAUUUGGCAAAUAGGAACACAUUUCUUGAGGAGGAGAUUGUGAGUCAUGAAGAUUUGCUCACCAAGACUGUUCCAUUGCGCCGACACAGAAGUGAUGAUGUGCUAGGUGUAAGACCAGGGUCAAGGCAACAGAAUACAAGACAAGACCGUCCAAUUAGCAGUCAUUCAGGCGUCAACAAUAAACGUAGAGUGCAACACCUUUACAGGCCAGCCCAUGGUAACUCAAGGGCAGGUCAGCGGGGUCCGGGAAAAAAUAGCAUAAAAGUUGGUGACUUGUUCAUCCGAGGGAACAAUAACUUAAACCAGGAAUACACAGCACAGGCAAUGGAUGGUCUGUAUCGUAUGAAAAGGACAAACUCUUACGAGAAAGAAGAAACUGAAUAUCGAGAACCGAAGCUGAGUUACGAUCACCCGGCAAGAUACACCAAGGCUGAUCUGUUUGAUGCAGAUAGACUCAUCAGUGACAAGGCAAGACGACGCCCAGUCACAGCCUCAACAUUACGCAGUCGAGAUAACGUUAGGGCACGGCCAAAAAGUUCAAUAAUUAUUGGACGACCUUCGAAAUAUGAAACCACCACCAAACCAGCUGCGCUACCUAUAACGUCGCCACAUCCAAGAGAUAUGAACGAUAUCUCACCUGACAGGGGGGAACAAGAGACACGUGUUCAGCGACCAAGGGUUAAAUCAGCGUUCGUGCGUCGUCCCGAGUUUAUCGACAAAUUCCAAGACGAGACGUCUAGAAUGGCACAGAUGGAAGAAGAGUUCAAGAAGACAGCGUUUAUGUUGCAAAAGAAGUUAGGUUUACCUGUAGAUGGCAUGAUCUAGACUUUACUUGACUUUCACACGAAGAUUGCUCUGGUGUGCUGGCCGAUUGUCAGGGGCACUGAAGGCCUAGCACAUUCUUAUCUGGUGUCUCCUGAUGGCUGAGAGGACAAUGAACGCUAGGAAUGUUUAUAGGCAUGGCCUACUGAAUACAAGAUG